GAGGCGGUCGUGUUUGGGUUUGUUUUCAGACAGGUGUCGCAUGCAAACCUGAGUCUUCCGAGCUAAUAUUUCAGAGAUUAUUUGAAAUUUACCUAGUUCACAGGUAAAAACAACAUCGGCCUGAAAAAUGAAUUGUCCGCCAUCGAAAAGGGUUUAUGCAGAUUUGCCCGUAUGGAUCGUAGAAGAUCACUGUGAUGUGGUAAGUCCUAUAUAUCGGGCUAUAGCAUCAAGGCACUUGCCGCUGAAGAACAUCAAGAUGGUCCAUCUGGAUUCCCACCCAGACCUUCUCAUACCUGUCAAUAUGCCUGCAGAUACUGUGUUUGACAAGGACUCCUUGCUCAGUGAGCUGAGCAUUGAGAACUGGAUCAUGCCCAUGGUAUAUGCUGGGCAUGUGUCUCACGUGGCAUGGCUCCAUCCCUACUGGGCACAGCAGAUCAAGGAAGGCGAGCACGCCUUUUCUGUGGGAAAGGACUCCUCCACAACCACCAUCAGAGUUACAAGUAAGGACGAUUACUUUUUAAGUGACGGCCUGUAUGUUCCUCAGGAUCAGCUGGAGAAUCCUAAACCUCUGGGACUGAGUGUUGUCUUAGUGAACCCUGUGGCGUGUUGCCAGAGGAAAGACAUGGAAAGGGACAUUGAGAAGAGCUCUGCCAAAAGACCCAGGAUAGAGAACAAGGGAGCUGGGGAUGUGAAUGAUGGUCAACCCUCUGCUUCAGCUUCCAAGUCUGAAAGCAGCUCUAGUAGCUGUACUGACAGUGUUCAGCCACCUGGUGGCAGUAUAACCUCAGGGAGCAGCAGCAAUGGCAACAACAGAGAAGAGGAAAAGGAACCACUCAAAAAGCCUUGUUUGAAGACUGACAAGGAUGAGGGUUCAAUGACCUACGCUGUGAACAGCCUUCUCUCCGUUAUCAAACAAACUGAUCCAUACAUACUUGACAUCGACCUUGAUUUUUUCUCUUGUAAGAAUCCUUUCAAGGAGAUGUAUACACAGGAUGAGUACAAUAUUCUACAGGAGCUGUACAGCUUCAGGAAACCUAGAGAAGACCCAGACGAGGAGGAGUUGACAGAGUGUGUGGAGAGACGUAUCCGGCAGCUGGAGGAUCUGGAGGCAGCAUUUGCAGACCUGGUGGAGGAUGAUAGUGAAGAGACAGUCAGGCGCUGGGCUGCCAACCCUGGGAUGACCUCUCUGGUCAAACUGGUGGGAAGCCUGCGGAGUCGAAACGAGGCCCCUGACUACGAAAUGGUGCACCAGGCGGGGUUGACCUGUGACUACUCGGAGCUGCCCCACCACAUCAGUAGUGAGGAGGAGGUUGAGAGACUGGUCCUGGCGGUGGAGCUCGUCCUGGAGGCCCUGCCGAAGCCCACCCUUGUCACUGUCUCCAGAUCCAGUCUGGAUGAGUACUGCCCAACUGAACAGGUAAACUCCAUCCAGAGUAGGAUACUAGCCGUCCUGGAGUCUUUAUAUGGCUCGUUGGAUGUCCAUAAGGAGUACGAGACGACACCAGAGGACAACCUGCCCAAGGCAUCAUGAUACAAAUCAUCGAAAUUUGAGAUGCAUCCAUCGAAUUACUGACUUUCACUCAGAAAUGAUGCACUGGUGUCAGUGUGAGGAUUCAGCCUGAAGAUGCACACAUGUACUAGUUUAUUUGAAAGGCUUUAAGCUCAAAGUAUAAAUUAAUGGUUGAAAUUCAAGAUAGCAUGUCUACCUGCUCCUGUUAUUUUAGUUUUUCUCAGGUAGACAGAUGUAUCAAAUAUAUCCAUAUUUACCUGACCAUUGUUGUGAAUCAGAUGCUGUACAAUUUAAUGAGGACAGUUUUUAUCAUUUGUGUUCCGUUACUUGUUUGACACUUUCUUGCCCAGUCCUGACAAUAUUGGAUGCAGGCAUAAUUCACGAAGUGAACAUUUGACUAUGGAGCCAUUUUACAUUAAAUGCAGUGAUUGCACUGGCAAAUUGUUCAACUGUAUCUGUAGGAAUUUUUCAUGAAAUUAAUAUUAUUUUUGUGCACAUAUCUAUUUCCCUUUGCUCAUUUUGCAAAUCUUUUCCCUUGAUGCAGAAGUGUUGAGGACCCCUUUUUAAUAUUUUUUUUAUUAUGUUUUUUUGUACUUCAAAGCAGCAAAUGAGUAUGACUAGAUCCUAUCCUACCCCACCCACUUCAGUUUGUUUGCUACCAUUGCCAGUUGCUUAGCAACUCUAUUCAGUACUUUCACAUUUUCAUCUCACUGUUUGUACAAAUUUAUAAAUAGAUUUCUCUCAGUCAAGACUAUUACAUAUUAUUACAAAACUUUAAUGCCUUGGUUGUCAAUGCAGAGUACAAUUUGUCCCAACUACAGCACUGUCAUUUUGAGUGUACAAUAAUAAUGGUUGUACAUGAAUAUAUGACACUUUAUUUAAUGUGAUUCUCGUUUAAUUCUUACAGAUGUGCUCCAUAAUAUUGUUCUAAUUUUGAACGUCUUCCAAGGAAAGAUAGGAUACCCAUCAGAGGAGGCUAUAUUUGUCUGGAAAUGUAAUCUAUUACAUUUUCCGUGGUUAUAAUAUACUCAAUGGGAUUGUUUUGUUUCUUGUUUUAAUAUUGCCUGUGUUAUUUUGAACAGCUGGUGCAUUUAUUUUUAAAAAAAUAUCACCUGUCGUGUCUAUGCCGGAUUAAUUGCUAUGACAUACUAUUCUAUAAAAUAAUAUCUCCGUAAUUAAUAUUACCUGAUUGAACUAAUCAUGUAAAUGUAAUUAACUAGAGAGGGACACCACAAAAGAAUAUUUAUAGAGCUGUUAUCUUCUGAAUAAACUCUUAAAGAUUUUGUAAUAUUUUA